AUGGCCGCCAUGGUCGCCGCCGCCGCCCCCGCGCGGCUCGUCCCUCCGCGCCUCUCCGCCCCGUGGCUGCACGUGGUUCAGCUUCGUCCGGCGCCGGGGCGGCUCCUCACGGUGGUCGCGGCGUCGCGUCGGAGCCCCGGCGACGGCGGGAAGAGGGGCAGGAAGAAGCGGGGGAGGCGCGCCACGGAGGCCGACCAGGAGGACGGCCUCUCCGUCGGCUCCGAGGUGGAGAAGAAGAGUUCCACGCCGCGUGCAACGGUCGACGAUGGAAGCGUGAAGCCUGCGCUGGAAGCCAGCGUGACCCCGAAAGACUCGGCCAUCAGAAGAGUUGCACUGGUGGUCAUCGCUGCAGUCUUAUUCGGCGUUAGCAUCGCCUUGAAGGAUGGGGUUGAGAAGGCAUCGGAAUAUUUUGCAGGCUAUUUGUUGGAACAGAGUUUGUCGGUGGACAAUCUCUUUGUUUUCAUUCUGGUCUUCAAGUAUUUUAAAGUGCCACUGGAGUACCAGAAUCGGGUGCUUUCUUAUGGUAUUGCCGGAGCAGUGAUCUUCCGUGCAGUGUUGAUCAUCCUAGGAGUAGCUACCAUUCAGAGUUUUGAAGCGGUGAAUUUAUUUUUUGCUGCGAUCCUGCUAUUCUCUUCCUACAAGCUAUUUGCUGGAGACGAGGAAGAAUCUGAUCUGUCUGAUAACUUCAUUGUGAAAACAUGCCAAAAAUUCAUUCCUGUCACUGAUUACUAUGACGGUGAUCGGUUUUUGAUAAAUCAAGAUGGUAUAUGGAAAGCCACCCCAUUACUCUUGACUCUGGUAGUGAUUGAGCUAAGUGAUAUUGCUUUUGCUGUCGACUCAAUACCAGCAAUCUUUGGUGUGACAAGAGACCCACUUAUAAUAUUGUCAUCAAAUAUUUUUGCUAUUUCUGGCCUGAGGUCACUCUACGUACUCAUUUCUGAGAGCAUGUCUGAGUUGGAGUAUCUGCAGCCUGCUGUUGGUAUCGUUUUGGGCUUCAUAGGGGCAAAGAUGAUCUUUGACUUUUGUGGUUAUCAUAUACCAACUGAAGCUUCCCUUGCUGUUGUUACCACAUGUCUUAGCGGUGGAGUAAUAUUGAGUCUUAGGAAAGCAUCAAGUGAGGAACGUGACAAGUAG